AUGCGAAUUGAGAAGAUCCUGGAGGGCAUGUCUUGCCCUGAGGAAAGGAGGGUGACAUUGGCUGCUUAUGCAUUUGAUGGCGAGGCUGAGAGGUGGUGGAGGAGUCAGUUAGAACAAACAUUUGGAGAAAGAACAAGCAGCCAAGUUUCCUGGGAGGAGUUUGUGAAGAUGCAGGACAAGUUCAACAGAUUGGUUCAGGGAGACCGAUCUGUUUCUCAGUACGAGGCAGAGUUCACGAUGUUAUCCAGGUAUGCCCCACACCUGAUACCUGAUGCUGAAGAGAAGUGCAAUCGAUUCUUGAAUGGAUUGAAAGAUGUGAUUAGACAUCCUCUCAUUCCUUUUGAAAUUGAGGAUUACUCUGUCUUAGUGGAGAGAGCAAGAAAGAUAGAAAUGGAUAUGCUGGCAACUCAGAAGAGGAGGAAUUUUCAGAAGAGAAAGAUGGAAGGCAGGUCAAAGCCUUCCCAGAUGACUCAGUCUUCUCAGUCAUGA